AUGGCGUCUACUGAGGUUUCCGCUACCCGGCUUUACUUAGGCAACCUGCCAAAGGGCGCAACCAAGGCCGAUGUGGAAGCCCACUUCGCAACCCAUGGCACUGGUGAAAUUACCGAGGUCAAGCUGAUGAAUGGAUUCGGCUUCAUCGAAUACAAGGAUCCCAUGGAUGCGCGCGAUGUCGUUCCUGCUUUCCAUGGAUCUGAUUUCAUGGGCGAACGCUUGACCGUACAAUUCGCUCGAGGUUCUCGCCAUCGCGAAGGCUUCGGUGGUCACGAGCGCAGUGCUCCCCGACCCCGUCGCACUCCCCAUCGCAUGCAGAUUACUGGACUUCCCAAUGAUACCAGCUGGCAGGACCUGAAAGACUUUGCUCGACAAUCCAGCUUGGAUGUCGUAUACUCGGAGACGGGCCGCGACGGUAAUGGCCGAGGCUUUGUCGAGUUUGAGACCGCAGCCGACCUGAAGACUGCUGUAGAGAAGCUCGACGGCCGCGAGUUUAAAGGACAACGAGUCAAUUGUAUCGCUGACGUAGGUUUAUCUAGGGUCUGUUACUUUUUUUUUAUACUAACAUGGAGUACUAGACCCAACCGGACUUCCCUACCCGACCCUACCCGUGAGCGUGGCGCCCGUUCUCGUUCCCCUAUGGGUCGUCGACCUUACGGCCCGCCGGGCGAGGGUUACGAUCGCCGUGGUCCGCCUCGUGGGUACAAUAGCCCGCGCGGCUAUCGCGAUGAUUACCGCGACCGGAGCCCCGCUGCUCGUCGCGACUACUACGACGAUCGUCGUUACAGAUCUCCACCGCGCCGUGGACCUGUUGACGACUACCCAGCUCCGCGUGGUCGUUACGAAGACCCCUAUCGCCGCGACUACGGACCCCCUCCGGAUCCGUAUGUCAAUGGCCGGCCUUAUGACCGGCCUCCAAGGGAUUUUCCCCCGCGUGAGGGUGGCUAUGGGCCUCGCGAGGGCGGGGGCUAUCCCCGGGAGGAAUACCGCCGAGGUGGCGGUUACUGGUAA